AUGAGCGCAGACCCGGCAUUAGGACCCCAGAAACGGUCCGCUCUCGUCCUCUAUGCCUCGGAAACAGGCAAUGCGCAAGAUGUGGCCGAGGAGCUGGGCGAUCUCGCCGAACGGCUGCAUUUUGUGACCCAGGUUUCUGAGAUGAACAAUUUUAAGCCGGAAACCCUCGCAUCGCAUACGUUUACGAUCUUCGUCGCGUCGACUACAGGGCAGGGUGAUAUUCCGGGGAAUGGAGGGGGUUUUUGGAAGUCGUUGCUGUUCAAGCGGCUUACCUCGACGUUCCUUGAAGGGGUGAAUUUCGCGUCGUUUGGGCUGGGGGAUAGUUCGUAUCCGAAGUUCAAUUGGGCUUCGCGCAAGUUGCAUAAGCGGUUGAUUCAACUCGGGGCAAACGAGAUAUAUCCAUGCGGAGAGGCUGAUCAGCGACAUCCUGAAGGACUCGAAGGCACAUUUAUCCCGUGGGUGUUGAGUUUCCGCAAACACUUGCUAGACAGAUAUCCCCUCCCACCAGGCCAGGAUCCGAUACCGGACGACAUGAAAUCACCACCGAAAUGGCUCCUGCAGUCAGACGGGGCAGCAGAAAUACCAGCAGAGCCUAAUGUACCAGGGAACAAAGAGCCUCAGACAGUGCCUGAUGAGCAGCCCGCAGUACGUCGGUUGGAUCACGACGUGCGGCCACUUCCGGAUACGUUAAAGGCGACGCUCACCAAGAAUAAACGGGUCACGCCGCAGAAGCAUUGGCAGGAUGUACGGCAUAUCGCGUUGACGGUACCAGAAUCGUUAUCGUAUAGUCCCGGGGAUAUGAUUUGUGUUACGCCUAAGAACUUUGAUAACGAUGUCCAGCACUUGAUUGAGAUGAUGGGUUGGGAGGAGCAGGCGGAUAAGCUGGUGACAUUGAUUCCGGGAGAAAGUCUACAAGCGUUGGACGUGCUACCGUCACCACCGAUUGCCAGCCUGGAAAGUUACCCGCAGUUGACCCUGCGCGCACUCAUUACAGACUAUCUGGACGUUCGCGCGAUCCCGCGACGGUCAUUUUUCUCGGCAAUAGCACAUUACACACCAGAUGAGACGCACAAGGAACGACUCCUCGAAUUCAUCGUCCCAGAGUAUCUGGAUGAAUUCUGGGACUACACCACACGACCAAAGCGCAGUAUCCUGGAAGUACUACAGGAAUUCCACUCGGUCAGAGUGCCAUGGCAACAUGCAGUCUCCGUCUUUCCCAUUUUCCGGGGCCGCCAAUUCAGUAUCGCCAGUGGCGGACCAUUAAAACGACUCCCCGAUGGCAGCACAAAAUUCGAACUCCUGAUCGCCAUCGUCAAAUACCAAACAGUAAUCAAGCGAAUUCGCGAAGGCGUCUGCACACGCUACCUCUCCGUCCUCUGCCCCGGCAGCACACUCCGCGUCCAACUCCAACGUGGCGGCCUCCAUUCAUCCGUACCCCAACUCACCGGUCCAACCGUCCUCGUCGGUCCUGGAACAGGCAUCGCCCCCCUCCGCUCCAUGAUCUGGGAGAAAGCCGGCCUCGUGCAAGCCUACCGCCAAAAACACCCAGGCGUACAACCCCCCAUCGGCCCAACAAUCCUGCUCUACGGUGGCCGCAAUCGCACAGCAGACUACUUCUUCGAAGAAGACUGGGAGGAACUAAAAGACGAGAUCGACCUAACGGUGAUUACCGCAUUCUCGCGGGACCAGCGGCACAAGGUCUACGUGCAGGAUCUUGUCCGGGAGGACUUUGGACUAUUCUAUGAUUUGUUGCGGAAUCGGAACGGGUCUGUGUAUAUCUGUGGCUCAUCGGGACGCAUGCCGCAGGCGAUACGGGAGGCGUUGAUUGAAGCAUUUGAGCAUGGGAAGGGCACGGGGGGAUGGGAUCGACAGGCGGCGGAGGAGUAUUUGUUGAGCAUGGAGAGGAGUGGGCGGUAUAAGCAGGAGACGUGGUAA